CAAAUAUCGAAAAGAACGUAAAAGUUUUUAAACCUAGUUCACAAAGUGAAAAGUUGAAGAUUUUGAAAAAUAUAAAGGUUAUAAACAUCCAUAAAUUGAAGAUAUAUUUCUCAAGUGAAAGAAAAAUGAUGACGCUGAUAUGGAGCGAUAUUGAUAAUGAUAAUGAUUGAUACUCUACAAUUGCGACGAAAAUUGCAGUCGAUUAACAGCAUUUAUCCGAAAAAAAGUUCGAAAUUUUAAGCGUCUAUGAUUGUAGUAGAUGCAACAACAACAAAAAAAACCAGUAACGAGGGUUUUUGAUUAAAAAUAAAAACGACAAUCACAAUAACAAUAACAUAUUAUUUUGUGUAAACGGCAUCAGUCGAUCAGCCAUCAUGGAGACAUCUGACGUGUUGAUGGAGGAGAAAAGACUGAUGACCGAAGCUCGAUAUCGAACAUAUAUGUCAAAUAUUGAUAAGGCUUUAAAAAACUUCGAAUAUUCGAGUGAAUGGGCUGACUUAAUAUCAGCAUUGGGCAAAUUGAGCAAGGCAAUAUCAAGUAAUACUCAAUACCAAAUAAUACCUAGACGUAUAAAAAUAUCGAAACGUUUAGCCCAAUGCAUGCAUCCCGCACUCCCUUCGGGGGUACAUCUCAAGGCCCUAGAAACCUAUGCGGUAAUAUUUAGCAAAACAGGUCCAGAGCGGUUGGCUACCGAAUUAUUCAUUUAUAGCGCUGGUCUUUUCCCUUUAUUGGGCUACGCUGCCAUGAAUGUACGCCCGACUCUUUUGGGCAUUUAUGAGACUUACUUUGUCCCGUUAGGUGAGAAACUUCGACCAGCAUUAAGUGGCUUUUUGAGCGGUGUUUUGCCCGGUUAUGAAAGUGGUUUGGAUCAUUUCGAACGCACCAGCUCUUUACUUACCCAAGUUUGUACAGCGGUUAAUCCCACAAAUUUCUAUACCGUUUUGUGGGAAUGUGUAGCCACUAACGCGUCGGUACGUUUGCCAGCCAUUACUUAUCUUUUAGAGCAUUUUAAUAAACGCUCAGGCAUGCAAGAUCAAAAAUUUGUAAUGGGUCAUAAUCGUGAAGUUAUGAUGUCUGGAUUAUGCGCUUGCUUAAAUGAUACAGUAAUUCUCGUGCAACGUAAUACUUUAGAAUUCCUACUUUUGGGUUUUCCAAUGCAUACCAAGUUAUUAACCGAGAUCGAUUUAGUUAAAUUGGUCACUAAUGGUUUAAAUACUAUAUUAAGACGUGAUAUGUCCCUCAAUCGUCGUCUUUACUCAUGGAUAUUGGGAAGUGAAGUUGCGAAGAACUCCCCCAAUGAGACUUUGCCUUCCUUGCCGUCGACUGACGCCGAAAAUAAUUCAACGGAAGAAGUUAUAAUUGAAUCCUAUUUUGGGAAGUAUUCGCAAAGUAUAGUUAUAAAGGCUUUAAUAAAUACGUUAAAGUUUAGUUUGGAAAGUUCUCCGGUGGAUUUAAAACCAUAUCGCAUAAUGGUCUCUUUGCUCGACAAAGCAGAAAUAGGCAGUUCCGUAUUGGAUUUUGUACUGUGCGACAUAAUACGUACCAUGUCUCUUACUAGCGGUAACGUUGAAGUUAUCAAAUCGGCCAAUUUACUAUUUGCCACUUUUGAUCCAGCUUAUAUAUGGAGUUUUAUGACGAGCAUGUUUGAAAAAUCCUGCAAAAAGACUAUUGAUCUUGAGCCAAAUACCACAAAAAAGAAAAAAUCAUCGGCAUACUCUGCAAAUGUGGACCAGAAAUAUGAGUGUGCAGUGGGUUCUGGUGAUCCUAGUUUAACAGAAAUUUGCUAUUUAACGGAAUUUUUAUUGGAAACGAUAUCUUUGGAAAUGUACAACGAGACAACGCGGAUUUACUUACCUAAAGUUUUUCUAGCCAUUACGCAAAUGCUCACUAUACAUCAGGAGAACUUAACAAACGAUGAAAUCGCGGCUUCUCUUAAGCUGUGCAUGAAGAUUGUAUCGCGGGUACAACCGAUGAUAACAAGUCCUAUUAAGCUCAUGCCACGUUCUACGCAGACGCCAAAAGCUCUAGGUGAUGAAAAGAUGUCUUCGACAAAAUCUCAUGCUUUGCAUCAUAGUCUAAUGAACGGUGCUAAUAAUUUAGAGAAAAGUAAAUCUGAUUCAAAGUUGGAUCAGUUUGCUCAUCAUAAUAAUUUGCAAACCCCAUUGGCUUUGACCAAAGAAGAAGACAUAGUGAGACGCUCUAAUUCGAAUCAACAUAUAGAACGCAAGAGUCCCACGAAAAAGAAGAAAGCUAAGUCAUACUCUAAGUUAUCUGAGUUGGAUAAAGAGAUUUGCCCUGACACCGGCCAAGUAAUAGAUCAUCGGCAGUCGUCUUCAGAUCUAGAUACACCGUCUAGUAUAAAAAAAUUGAAAGCCAAAAGCAAGCAACCACGUUUGCGUAUGAGUCCCAAGAAAUCACGACCUCAAGAUUUGCGGAUAGUACAUAGUGAGACCAAUGUAAAAAUGCCCAUACAUUCCAAAAUUGAUACCAAUAUCACAGACACUCCAGAUGGCGAAUAUCAGGAUGACGAGCCAAAAAGUGCUCCCUUGGAAUAUAUCUCUAAGACACACGUAGAAGGUUUAAUAUUUCAAUAUCAGGACGUUAGUGAGCAAGGGAAACUUGAAAGUAUUGCUAAUUCCACUAGCAAUGUGGUAGAUUCCACUGGGUUUUCCAUUUUAGAGAAAUGCAUACGUCAAUACGAAAUAUUCUUUGAAGUCUAUCUCAGUUACAAAGUAUUGCAGAUAAGACCGCUUAACAACGACACUUGCGGUAGAAAAAAUUCGGCGAAGUUACAAAAGAAUAGGCAAGAAACCGUCGAUGAGAUGACAAAAAUUCCUAACGUUGAGAAUAUUUUUAAGAACGAAGAGGUUUAUGAGGACACAAAUCCACAUCGUUUGUUUGAUGUUGAUAAUCUCUUUGAAACCCUUCGGGUUUUAGUCGUAAAUCGUUCACGACAGUUGCAUUCGCUGUUAAAUCGUUCUUUGAGAAUUGAUUCAAUGAACGGUCUUUAUAGCGAAGGCACCGAUGGCAGUGAUAACAACGAAACGGAUGAUAACUACAUGGAACUGGAUGAGGAUACAAAAACGCGUCUACAGUCUUUACUAGAAUUGCAUUUAAGCCAAUCCUUAAGGAAUGCUAUAAAAUUAGCUGUAAAUUUAUUAGUAGAAAUGUCAACAUUUCCAAACUGCAAUAAAAAUAUAACAUUGGAUAAAGUGGAAAAGGAUGUGCCCAGUUGGUUAAAGGUUUUAUGCCUGAUGGCUUGCUAUACUGCGAAUGAUAAAGAAUUGCAAUUAGCGUCUAUUACUACAUUUUUCGAUUUGAUAAGUUUACUUAAAUCUCAAAUAGAACAUACCACCAGUCCUGGAGUAACUUUUGUGGUUAUGUUACCGCUCUUAAAAUUCGGUCAUGUCCAUUAUAUUGAACGGCAUACAAGAGUGUUUCAGUUACUUACAUCUACGCUUUGGAAUUAUUUAGGAGAGCCGAAUAUAGAUGCUUCUCAAAUCUGCGCUUUGCUUUACCAGUUGCAUAAUUGUCUGGAGAGCGGGCUAGUCGAACGUAUCAUUGACAAUCGUAUGUUUGCGAAGGCAAUGCAUCAACAUUUUUCGGCUGCCUAUGAUGCGAUGGACUAUCAAAAUCCUAAUAAUCGUCAACGUAUCCAUAAAAAUUCACAUGCGACUGCUUUGGAUUUUUAUAGUCGUGAUCGCGCUUCUGAUUUACAAAUGAUGUGCAUCUCGCCUUCUUACCUUAUGCAUAGGACGACCAUAGAGCGUUUGAAUGAAAGUGAAUCGUUAAGCUUUCGAAAGUAUGAAUUGCUAUGGCAUCUAGGUCGAGAUAAACAACAAACACGUGAUUUUGAAAAAAUACAAUUCAAAGUUUUAGACACAUUAGCUUUUCCGCCCUAUAUGUCGGUGCGCACUUGUGUAACAAAAUGGCUACAGGCAGCCUUGUUGCGAGGGGAUUUGUCGCGGCUGAUUAAACCUUUAUACAAAAUUCUAUUAAAUCAGAAUACUAAACGGAUAGGUAUCGUGCACGUGCACAUUAUGCAGAAGGGAUUACAUGCGAGGAAUAACGAUCGAGAAGACGAGGAGAAGGAUUUGAAACGUGACUCUUCAACAGCCGACAUAGAGACUUCCCUAGAACAAGAUGUCUAUGCCAUUAGCUCAGAAUUCGGUAACAUACGUUAUCAUACCGAUUCGACCGUUCAUAGUAAAAAACGUAGCCCCAUGCGAUCGUUUCAUAAGAAAAUUUUUGGUGUAACCUUAAGCAGUAAAAAUAAAACUUCAAACUUUGUAAGCGAUCAAGCGCCUGCCAGUACUACGACUUCACAAAUGGGAAUAGAAGCCGUCGUGAACACUGCCAGCACCGCAACUAUAGGUUUAAUCGUUAAUCCUUUGGAAAAUUCUCUCGAUUUUGAUGACGAUGUCGAUUUGAAAGAAAAGUCCGAAAGCAAAUGUUCAGUAAAGCAGGAGGACGAUAAUAUAGAAUUAACCGAACGAAACCCUUACGAGGGGGACCAACAAGAAAUAGAAGAUGUGGAAAUGGAAGAUGAAGAGGAGGCAGUCGAGCUAGAUCCAGAGGAAGAACGAGUUUUCGAUCAAGACUUUACCGAUGAUUCGGAUAGUAGUAUAUUCGAUUCUGAAUCCGAAAAUCGUGAAACUAGUGCUGAAAAAGAUGAUUCUACCGCUCUCAACUCUCUUCUUGAUAGCAGUAUUAACAGUGGCUGUGGGACUUUGAAUAUGAAACGUUACGUUGGGCACUGUGAAAGCGUCACUGAAUUGUUAUCUCAACAUGAACGCACAAAGAAUCGUAAAACUUAUCAUUUGACACGUGAGAAAACGCCUGGAGAAUCAAGUGUGGCUUCCAACAAUACCGAAAUAUUGGAAAUAGAGGAUGAUGAUGAGGAAUCAGCUGCGCAUGUUGCUGACGAAUACUUCGAUACAAAAAGUGAGGAGCAUCAAGUGGAAUCGUUUGUUCAUGAUUUGAUAGAUCAGAUAUCGGAGACUUCUUCUGUCGCCAUCACUGCCGGCUCGGCUAAAUCAAAAGAUCGCACUCCGAAGAUACGAAAGAAAGUUCAGAAACCAAAAAAAUCGAAAACUAAAAAAUCUCCCUCCAGAACUGGGAUUGAUAAAAACGAUAAAAAACGAAUAAGUUGUAUAUCGAAGAUAUCCACCGAUAGCAAUAAUAGCAUAACAACAAUAGGUGGAGAAAAUGCAAACAACAAAGAAACUCAGGAUGAAUUCAAUGACCAAGGGGAAAAUAAUAUUGGUAAUCAAGCAAGUACCUCCUCCGUUGCCGUCAGUUGGAAAACAAUAAAUAUAGAGGAAAAAAGGCGUAGUUUGAACUUGGAAACUUCAAAUGCGCAGGCAACAGGUGGUAAAACAAAGUCGGCGGAAUGGGAAAUCACGCAGGAAACCAUUGAGAAAAGUAAGCAGAAUUUGGAAAUUUUGCGUCAAACUGCCUCCACAUCAAAACUAAUGGAUAUAAAUAGUAAGCGAUCGUCAACAAAAAGUUGCACGUCUAAUGAUAGUUCGCAGCGUUUAGCCGCCGAAAAAUCGAUACCGCUAUACCAAAGUCAUAUGCUUGUUUAUCUAAACGUAUAUGAUACCAAACAGACCUUAUAUGCUUUUCACACGUUACGCAACAUUAUAGCCUGUGAUACGAGAACAUUUCUUUGUUUGUCCAUAACAACUUCCUUGUCAAGCGGCUCUUUAAAGCAAUUGCUUACCCGCCAUCGUAAAAGUAUAGCCGGCAAGGGUUUUACGGGUAGCAUUACCUCGUCAGAAUUUGCUCAAAGCUAUCGUGGCUGCAUGCAUUUGGAGGUUUUGUUAUUGGUCUGUCUAUUUUAUGCACGCGGCUUCUUUCAUAUGGAUUCUCAGGACACAGCAGGCGAGCCCCCUAAUCGAGCCGAUGUUUUGGGUAAUUGCCGCGUGCAAUUGGAAAGUGUGGAACUGUUGACCUUGAUUUGCAGCGAACUAAUCGAAAUCGUAAAAGGCAUGGGUAAAGGUUUGGCUUGUUAUUUAGCAGAUCUGAUGGCGCGUUGUAAGCUACAAAAAGUUAUUUUGCAUUGCUUAAAUUCUUCAGUUAACAUCUAUGACCAUAGCUAUCGAGGGUCAACAAUAGCUGAGCAAAUUAUCAAUUUUAACAAUCCUCGAGACGAUAAUUUGCAUGCUGACGCUUUGCAACUUCAAUUAUUACGUCUGUUAAUGGUCGUAAUUAAGUUGGAAUACGAAGUGGUUUUGCUAAAGAAUGAAUUGCCAGCGAGUAAUAUUAAUGAGAAAGAUGAGGGUGGUAAUGUCUCUCCAACACGUCUCAAUGGCAACGAUUUGCCCUCAACUACAGUCAAGUAUUUGCCGAAUUGCGUUAUCAGUCAGCAGCCAAUGUUCUUGUCGGCCAUUUUAAGUGCCUUACAAGAUGACCGCCUGCAGUCAUUGCACCAUAACUGGACGGAAUUAGUCACUUCCUCUUUGAAUUGUUUCAAUUUUGGUUCCUUAACAAAUAUUGUGAUCAGUGUUGUUCAUCAAUUAUGCAAUAACAUCGAUUAUCUGACCAAAAUGAAACUGAACGAACAGGUGGGUCUACCUCCCGACUAUGUAAUCUCACAACUGGAGGCGAUUACCAUCUUGUGCCACUAUUGUCUUUUGGAUAACACGCAACAAACAACGUUAUCGCAACUCUUCAAUCAGGCUUAUCCACAGACCAGCUCCAUAGCUUCACAGCACUCUAAUACGGGGCAAUUGUUUAAUAGUAUUGUUCAUUCGCUUUUGCCGGGUGUGCCGAGUGCAUCGGCAGGUAUAACUAAUCAAACAGAUAGCCAAGCACCGAAAAAUCCCCAAUUGAUGGCGGCUCGCAAUGCUGUCCUAUCACAUUUACCACGUAUUGUUUCUAGUGUAGCGGCCGUUUGGGAUAGCGAACUAGGGACAAUUAGACAAGUGAAACAACAACUUAUGGAGUUCCUUUCUCCCAUCUCGCUACAUCACGGUACCAAUUUUUUGGCUGCAAUUGCCGUAACUUGGCAAGAACGGGGAGAACAGCAUCGAAAAAAAUUUGCCAACGAAUUUCGUAACCUAAGUAUUGCUCAACAGUAUCAGAAAAAUUCAAUACCGCAAGCUUGCCCCGAACAAUUGAGCUUAGUCACUUUGGUGUCUAGUAUACGCGUCAUGCCAAUGGACUCUUUUGUGCAAACUCUCCAUCAGGUGGUACGAUCUCCUCCUCCUAUACACCGGCCACCUGCGCAUCUUAAAAUUGAGGUCAGCGCUUUGGAACUGUUUUAUUUUUAUAUGAAAUCUGCUCCUGCACCUCAGCUUGGUGACUCCUGGUCGUCUUUACUUAUAUUGUUAAGAGACGGUCUUGCCUUGACACCACCGGCUCAAUUUACUUUGCUAAUGCUGCUUAGCGAAUUUGUACAACGUUGCCCCCAAAUGCCGUUCCAAGAUAAAAAGGAUAUACGUGACCUGCACGAUGUAACCUCCCGUUUAGUAGAUUCGCUGUCUAACGUGGCUGGAUCCUGUUUAGAGCAAACCACAUGGUUGCGGAGAAAUUUAGCCGUGAAAGAAGACAUCUCAGCGGAUUCAACAACAACUGGUACCAAUAGCGGCGGUGCUAUUUUACAACAAUAUUCUGUGCAAGCUCAAAGUGUUUUAGCAGCCAAUCUAGCUAAUCUACUAGAUGUGGCCUAUGGUUCUCAGGAGAAAGACAAAGUUGUCAACAUUAUAACCACCCUGUUGUAUAAUAUCACACCAUAUUUAAAAAAUCAUACCACGCGUAACGUGCCCUCAUUUUAUGCCUGCUCUAGUUUAUUGGCUUCAUUGAGCGGUUAUCAAUAUACACGCAAAGCUUGGCGUAAGGAUAUGAUGGAUUUGCUGCUCGAUAAUGCUUUCUUCCAAAUGGACAUUUCCUGUCUGCCAUUUUGGAAACAAAUCAUGGAUAGUCUAAUGACAUACGAUAACACUACUUUCCGCGAGCUCAUGAGUCGUGUAUCAUUGACACAGACAGGCAGUCUGAACAUAUUCACAUCGCGUGAGCAGGAGUAUGAGCAGCGUUCGAUGCUAUUGAAACGUUUGGCUUUUGUUAUAUUUUGCAGUGAAUUUGAUCAGUAUCAUAAAUAUAUGCCUGAAAUACAAGAACAACUGGCUAACAGUUUGCGGUUAUCAGCGAUGGUGCCUUGCGUACAAGCAGCCGUCUUUCUGUGCUUUCGUGUGCUAUUGUUACGUAUGUCACCCGAUCACAUUACAUCUUUAUGGCCCAUCAUUAUAGCCGAAAUGGUGCAAGUAUUCUUGUCCAUGGAGCAAGAACUGAAAAGCGAAGGGGAGGAUUUAAGUCAACAGCUACGUCUCAUUACUGGUCUCGAUAGUUCCUGGCCUUCUUCGACUAUUUCAAAUGGUCUGAUUUCUCAGUCACACGUGUACCAUUGGCGUUCGGUUCAGCUAGAAGCCUCUAAACUAUUAGAAAUGGGUUGUGUUUUACCGGCCACUUUAUUACCGCAUUUUCAAAUGUAUCGAUGGGCUUUUGUGGGCGCAGAAUUCGACAGUUCACAAAACUUUAAAAAUGGUAUUGCAAAUGGCAAUGUAGCUGCAGAAGAUGUGAACGCUGUGGUAAACUCCAAUGGCUAUGUGCCGCAUAUAUGCCGUAUAGCUCGCUUCAUGGAUAUGAAGUAUACAGUGCAUUCACCCACUUCGGCUGUUAAACGUGGUCAACAUUUGAUGUUAACUUGUCAACAGAUUGCGACAUUGCAAGAUUUAUAUAGUUUUUUUUCUACCCUAAAUGUCACAUGUCCAAAUCCUCAUAAUUAUGCUGAUGUCGAAUAUGAAUUGAAUCAAUGUCUAACGGAAAUUGAGGAGAUAUUAUCGAGAGAUUUUCUAGAAAAAAUGGCCUCUAGCACAACACCUAGGUGAAAAGAAGAGCCAGUACCAAUUCAACCUUUUACAUUAAUUCAAGUCUCAAAAGGAAUAUCUGGUGUGAAGUCGAACGCUUUAUUAUAUCAACAAACAAUGGAACAAUGCGUCUCAAAAAGAUCGAAGUCAUAUUCUCACUCCUCACUCAAUUCCCGUUCACCAAUACUUUCAAGCAAAACAAUGCGCCGAUCAAGUAUAAACGCUAUUGUAACUACCAACGUUAAAAAAAUUUCAAAUUGUACAUUUGUUGCCCGAAAAGAGACGAAUCUCCCGUUUUAUCUCUAAAAAAAGUAAUUUUUUCAAUUACCACUAGCAACAGAAGCAAAUGCGAAGAAAUUGCCAAUAAGUAAAAUAUAAAAAAAAUAUAUAUAUACGUUGUCUAGGCGUAAUUAUACAUAACAUUAAAUUUUAAGC